CUCAGCUCUGACUCUGAAUCGUUUCGACUUGACAUGCAAGUGAAAAGCAGGGCGCAUUGACCCCAGCAGUUGGUGAAUCAGCGCUGAUUCCGUUCAUUGGGGCAGCGUCGUUUCUUGCACGAACAUCUCAGACAGGGAGUCUGCAGGACUCACAAAAGAUGCCGCGACAAAAGGUGGAGAAGGAGGCGGGCCCGGAUUACACGCUAGUGUUUGUAGGAAUUAUAAUCCUCUUUCACAUCGUCGGGCUAGUAUACUUCUCCAGGAAGCUCGCUCGAGAACAGCCGCCACCUAGAGCCAAGACUAGCUAGCCCCCGUAGGCGAUAGUCGCUAUCACUUUUGUACAUAAAAAAGUAGCAGCCUUAUAAUAGCAGGGACUUGGCAAAGAAGUGGUUAUACAUUUCAGCGAUCUUUCUAAAGUUUAUACGGAUCUUUUUUACCUUGACAAUUGAGCAGGUUACAUUGGAUCAUUGAUUGACAGUCAGAGCUUGCAUCAAUCUCAGCGACUCUUAGUAUUCUGUUGUCCAUCUGUCAACGUGCAAGCCUUCGAUGGUCUUCAAGUCGAUCUUCAUACUUCGCUCAGGCUGUACAGGCCCUUUUGGACCAGAGUGUUCACAGGUCUGUGUCGAAGUUCCCUGCGAAGAGCAUUAAGUGACGGCAAAACGUGGGGACAGCUAAUAAGAGUAGAGUCUUCCUGAGGUGAUGAAGACGACCGAGGGCAUGAAGCCAAAUAUGGCUGAGGAUCAGAAUAUGGACAGCGGAAGGCUGCGAGUCCUGGAGUUCUACAGCGGAGUGGGGGGCAUGCGCUACGCCCUGCAACUGAGCGGCCUCCCGUUCAUAGUCGUCGAGGCGUUUGACAUCAACGAAGUAGCAAACGAUGUGUACGAGCACAACUUCGGACACCGUCCGAGCGAGGGCAACGUCUCCCGGGUCAAUGCGCGCGAGCUGGACGCAUACCGGGCCGACAUGUGGCUCAUGGCGCCUCCGUGCCAACCAUACACCAGGCAAGGGCUGAAGAAGGACGCGGGGGACGGGAGGGCCACCUCGUUCCUGGCUAUGCUACAGCGGAUCCCUUUGCUCCAGCACCCCCCGACAUACAUUCUUGUUGAAAACGUGGUGGGAUUUGAGACCUCGAUCACGCAUGACGAGCUUCUGCGGACGCUCUCAGACGCGGAGUUUGCCGUCCAGGAGUUCAUCCUCAGCCCGCUGCAAUUCGGCAUCCCGUACUCGCGCCCGCGCUACUUUUGUCUGGCGAAGAGCAAGCACUCGCCCUUCCCGGACACUUCUCUCGCUGGCACCAUCGUCCGCAGUCCGGCAGCGCUUUUUCAAACCCGGCCGCCCUUCCGCCCUUUCCCCUCCAACCCAGCAACUCCCAUAGCUUCCGAGCAUCCAAAUUCGAAGCGGCGCUCUUCUCAAUCCACAAAACCGUCCGGAUCGGAGGAACAGAAUUUUGACCCGCCUUCCCUUUUCGGACCAGCAACUCCCAUAGCUUCCCAGCACCCGGAGUCCAGCAUGAGCAAUCCAAAUUGCGCAGAGCCGCCCGAAUUCAGAGACGAGUCUCCCGACCGCCCUUUCCCCUUCCCCUCAGUAAGUAGCACAGCAUCCGAGCACCCGAGCUCCUCCGAACCCGCAAACACGUCCGGAAAUGACGAAGAGGGUCCCGACCUAGCCUCACAUCCACUUCUUAACCUCAACCCUUCGACGGAGCAGAGCCGCUCGAUGGCUGGGGAUCUGCAGACUUCGCUUCUAGAGUUAGCCUCAACCGAAGCGCCGCAUGCCCGCCAAAGCCUUCCCCCCCCUUUCCCACCCACAACAGCCGACUGCCAAACUGCAGAAGCUGAACCUCCUCGUUCCAACCCAAACCACUCGAACUUCCCCCCCUCUCCCGUCGACUGCCAAGCCCCAGACUGUCAAGCCCCAGAAGACGCUCCGCUGCGUCUUUCGGACAGCCCCCCGGUACGGCCCGUGUCGGACUUCCUCGAAAGCCUCUCUGCGUCCGAAUUUGAGAGCGUCCGCGUCCCAGAAGCGAUUGUGUCGCGGUGGGGCGACGCGUUCGACAUCGUGACCCCGCUUUCGACGCGUUGCUGCUGCUUCACCAAAAGUUACGUCAAGUUUGCGAAGGGAACCGGGUCGAUCCUGGCGACGACGCCACGUGGCGUCUGGCAGGACCGCCACGUGGCGGACGAGAAGGGCAUCGUGAACGGGGGGGUGAAGUUUGACCAGGAGAGCGGGCGGUUGGUGGACCUGGCGGCGCUGAAUCUGCGGUUCUUCACGCCGCGCGAGGUCGCAAACUUCCACUCGUUUCCGACAAGCUUCAGCUUUCCAGCGCACGUGACCUUGAAGCAGCAGUACGCACUUCUCGGCAAUAGCUUGAAUGCUGAGCUGGUGGCUUUUCUUCUAUCUUACCUUCGUAGCCCGCAACGUUGAAGACGAAUGGGGCCUCUCCUCGUGGUCGCGUGCUAUAUCGGCGACCCGUUGUAUCGUCGCACCUUGUCGUGAACUAUUAAUCCGGCCUGCCAUUCACGUCAGCAGCCAUGAUCGAUGAGAC